AUGGCUUCAGGUAGCCUACUUUCAUCUUUUCUUGGUGCUUUACAAGCUAGUCUUGCUGUCCUCUUAACCAUCUUCUAUGGCGUUAUUGCUGCUCAGUUCAAGCUCCUUGAUGGACAAUCUGCAACGUCCAUUUCCAAAGUAUGUGUGCGCAUGUUCCUGCCAGCAUUGCUGAUCACGAGAGUUGGUGCCGAACUGCAUCUUGACACGGCAGUCCGUUAUGUUCCCGUCCUAAUCUGGGCAAUAUCUUACACGCUUAUCUCAAUGGCAAUUGGUCUCCUCGGCGUCAGGAUAUUCAAGCUUCCUCAAUGGGUCACUCCUGCUAUCUGCUUCAACAAUACCACCUCUCUCCCUCUAUUACUCAUUCAGGCUCUCGACGCGACUGGCAUACUCUCUAGUCUUGUCAUUGGUGGCGAAUCCACCGCUGCAGCAAUAAAGCGUGCCACCUCAUACUUUCUAGUCUGCGCCAUUGUUGGCAACUCCAUGACCUUUGCCCUGGGGCCUCGCCUUAUGGAUGCUGAAAACGCUCCUGAUGAUCCCGACAGCGGUAGAAAGGAAGAGGACGAAGAAGAGGACAGCCAAGAGAGAGAUCAAAAUGGCAGGCAGGAACAGGAGACUGGCGACCCUGACGAGCAAACGUCUCUAUUACCCAGGACUGUCAGGGACGCACAUAGGCAGGCAUACAACCACAGCUACGACCGUGGCAAAAGGCAUUGGGACCGGCUGCAUCCUAAGGCCCAAUAUGGACUUGGGUUCCUGGCGGAUUUCUUCAACGCACCGCUUAUUGGGGCCCUGCUGGGUGCUUUCAUUGGCUUGGUACCUCCCCUGCACAGAGUCUUCUUCAACAGCCAGGAAGAUGGAGGAUUUCUCAGUGCGUGGCUGACGACUUCCAUCCGUAAUAUCGGAGAUCUUUUUGCCUCCCUGCAAGUCAUCGUUGUUGGCGUUACGCUCUCUUCCUCUCUAAGGAAGUUGAAACGGGGCGAACAUUCCGGAAAUGUGUCUGUGAUUUCGACGUUGUUCAUUGUAUUUGUACGAUUUAUACUUUGGCCAAUCAUCAGCAUCUCCUUCAUCUGGCUGCUGGUAACAAAGACCAACGUAUUGGGCGAUGACCCUAUGUUAUGGUUCACCAUGAUGCUAAUGCCGACCGGUCCUCCUGCGAUGAAGCUGACGGCCAUGGCUGAGGUUAAUGGAGCGGACGAAGAAGAAAAGAUGGCCAUUUCGAAAAUUUUAGUAAUUACUUACGCAGUAACACCAUUGACCUGCUUCACCGUUGUCGGAGCGCUCAAAGCAAGUCAGGCCGCUAUUUGA